ACAGAGUGUGGGAAAAGUUUUAUACAAAACAGUGAACUGAAAACUCAUGAAAUGAUUCACACAGGAGAAAAGCCGUUCACAUGUACAGAGUGUGGAAAAAGUUUUAUACAAAUGAGUAAUCUGAAAACUCAUGAAAGGAUUCACACAGGAGAAAAGCUGUUCACAUGUACAGAGUGUGGAAAAUAUUUUGCAGAAAAGAGUAAUCUGAAAAGGCAUGAAAGGAUUCACACAGGAGAAAAGCCUUUCACAUGUACAGAGUGUGGAAAAAGGUUUACACUAAAGUGUGAUCUGAAAAAGCAUGAAAUGAGUCACACAGGAGAAAAGCCGUUCACAUGUACAGAGUGUGGAAAAGGUUUUACACAAAUGAGUAAUCUGAAAACUCAUGAAAGGAUUAUAACAAUUGAAAUGAACAUUUUGGUGCCUAUCUUGCAGUACGACUUAAGACAACUCAACAAACACGUGAAUACUUCAUAUCCAUCCUUCACUACAGAAAGCAUCGGAAUGAUUCCACAAACUCCAAAAAUCUUAGACACCAAUGACUAUUCACAAACAUUGGGGAUAUUGCAAAAUAUAUUAACAGACAAUGGUGAAUUGGCAGGAACUGGGCAGCAAUCAUUAUUUACAGAGAGUAAUUUAGUUAUCAAACAAAAGGACAAGAUUUAUGACUUAUCUAGUGAAAUGAUUAUCCCGGAGGAUAAACCACACAUAUUUAUUGAGUUUUCAAAACAUAUUAAAGAAGGGAAAAUUUUACAGUCUAGCCAAAUAAUUCAAACAAAUGAGAAACCUUUCCAAUGUACACAAUGUGAGAAAAGCUUUAGAUGGAAUUCUCAUCUACUAGAACACCACAAAAUUCACACAGGUGAGAAACCACACACAUGUACUGAGUGUGGAAAAUGUUUUACACGAAUGGAUUAUCUGAAAACUCAUGAAAGGAUUCACACAGGGGAAAAGCCUUUCACAUGUACAGAGUGUGGAAAAUGUUUUACACAAAUGGAUCAUCUGAAAAACCAUGAAAGGAUUCACACAGGAGAAAAGCCUUUCACAUGUACAGAGUGUGGAAAAUGUUUUACACGAAUGGAUCAUCUGAAAAAACAUGAAAGGAUUCACACAGGAGAAAAGCCCUUCACAUGUACAGAGUGUGGAAAAUGUUUUACACAUAUGCGUACUCUGAAAAACCAUGAAAGGAUUCACACAGGAGAAAAGCCUUUCAAAUGUACAGAGUGUGGAAAAAGUUUUAUACAAAUGAGUACUCUGAAAAAGCAUGAAAGGAUUCACACAGCAGAAAAGCCUUUCAAAUGUACAGAGUGUGGGAAUUGUUUUACACAUAAGAGUACUCUGAAAAAUCAUGAAAGGAUUCACACAGGAGAAAAGCCUUUUACAUGUACAGAGUGUGGAAAAAGUUUUACACAUAUAAAUAGUCUGAAAAGUCAUGAAAGGAAUCACACAGGAGAAAAGCCUUUCCCAUGUACAGAGUGUGGAAAAAGUUUUACACAAAAAAGUAAUCUAAAAACUCAUGAAAGGAUUCACAAGGGAAGAAACCUUUCACAUGUUUAGAAAGUGGGAAAAAGGUUUUUAUUUAAAUCAGGUAUCACAAAACACCAAAUAUUUACACACAAAUAAACUUUAUAUACACAGUGUGCAAACCUUUUUACAAUUAUCCUAAAGAGGACAAACUAUCUAAAUAGAAGCAUCAAAAAGGAUCCUAUUGUAAAUAAUACUUUUUAAUCCCGUUAUAUAAGCCCCAGAUUGGAAGUGCUCUUCUGCUGGCCAUUGUUCCUCUAUAUAUGUGCACCUCAGUUUCUCUCAUAUCAAUGUGAUAGACUCCAAACACCACACAGGAAUAUACAGAUCUGUCCUCAUACUGCCCAGUUUACACAACCAUUCACCACUAAAGCACCCCCAGUGUUUAUUAAUAUGCCAGUAUUAGGAGUUGUACGUUUGAUUUACAUAGGGAGAAAAUAAUUAUAUUUACAGAAUAAAGGAGUCUUUAUAUGAAUAGAGUGUUAGAGAAUUAUAUAAACAAGAACAGCAGUCUCAAAUGAUUGACAUAUGGGAGAUAUAUUUUAAGUGCACAUCUUGUGAAUAAACCUUUUCUUAUAGCAGUAGAUGCUUAGCGGUACAUGUUAUAUAGCAGAGGAAUUACUGAGGGGAAACUGAUUUUAUUUCAUGGGACACAAUAUCAGUAACCGGUACAUACGUGAUCAUAAUCAGUUUAAUUUAAAUGGCUACUAUAACCUACAUGUAUACUGGGUAUGUAAUAUGUGUGUCAUGUUCUGUAACUUCAUAUUAUGUCUGUUAGAUGUUUUCAUGUUAGUUAGAAGCCACAAGAACUGAUAAUAGCACAUACUGUAUAUAUAAAGGGAACAUUAUAUGUAUGAUAAAUCCCUUUGUAUCAAGAGCACCAGUGUUAGGUAUAUUUAUACCAUUGUGUGCAUAUAUCAUGUAAUGCUGCUUUCUCUUGCAAGGUGUAUCCAGUCCACGGAUUCAUCCUUACUUGUGGGAUAUUCUCAUUCCC